AUGCGCUCCUCCAGCACUUGGCUUUGGGCCUCACUUGCGGCCUCCGCGGCCCCGGCUCUUGCCAUCCAUGCCCCAUUGAACCUGAGCAAUGGCUUCGAGCUCACUGCUAAUGAAAAAGCCAAUUACCUGACGAUCACUCAAGAUGGUCGCCCUAUUUGGGACACGGUUCCAGGCCGGGGAUUUCUCAGUGCCAGCGCAGGAGAUGAUGAGAUCAUCGCUGCCAAUGGUAAUUUCAAGAUCAAUGAAGUGGACCAGAAGAAGUGCACUGGUCAGCAGAUCACCAAGGUUGAUUUGCGUCAAUGGAACGGCAGCGCCAAUGACCAUGCUGCGGUCAUUGAAGGUAAUCUUACCGGCUGCGGUGAUGCUACUGCUCAGUUCACUGUCGCGUUCUGGGUGCCAUCCCAGUUCCCUGAUCGCAUUGCCUUCCGCGCCAAUGUUGACUCCGAGUCCGAUGCCACGAAGCUGUUCCUGACUUACCGUUCUUCCCCUGCCGAGGACUUCUACGGUCUUGGUGGUCAGGCCUCCUUCGCCUCAUUGAAAAACCAGACCGUCCCGAUCUUCUCCCGUGAGCAGGGUGUCGGCCGUGGCGACCAGCCAACGACUGACCUGGAGUCCAAGGAUAGCUUCUUUGCUGGUGGAGAUCACUUCACCACUUACUCCGCUGUGCCCCAGUACAUCAGCUCCAAUUCUCGGGUGUUCCACCUGACACAGGAGAGCUCGGCUUACUCCACCUUCAACUUCACUGAUGCCCGUGCCGUCACUGUCCGAUACAGUGGCCUGGAUGUCGAUGGAUACUUCAUGCAGGCCGAGAACAUGCUGCACGGUAUCACCAUGCUGACCGAGUACACCGGCCGCAUGCCCGAGCUUCCUAAGUGGGUGGACACCGGUGCUGUUCUCGGUAUCCAGGGUGGACAGUCUAAGGUCAACCGCAUUGUCGAUCAAGGUCUCAACCUAACCACUCCCAUUGCCGCUGUCUGGCUUCAGGAUUGGUCUGGUACCCAUUCCCAGAGUGUUUCCUACAUGUCUCUCAACGUCUCCCGUCUCUGGUGGAACUGGGAAUCCGACUCCAAGCUGUACCCAACCUGGAAUGAGUUUGUACAGAACCUGCGUGAUGACCACAAUGUCCGUACUCUCUCAUACAUCAACCCCUUCUUGGCCAACGUCAGCUCCAAGCCAGACGGUUACACCUCGAACCUCUAUGAAGAGGCUACCAAGGGAGGAUACAUGAUCCAAAAUUACACUACCAAUGACACCUCUGUUAUCUCCAGUGGUCCUGGUCUUGAUGCCGGAAUCCUGGACCUGACCAACCCCGCUGGCCGAUCUUGGUUCAAGAACGUCCUGCUGUCUCAAGUCUGGAAUGCCAACAUCUCUGGUUUCAUGACUGACUUCGGCGAGUACACUCCUAUUUAUCCCGAUACCCGCUUUGCCAACAAGAGCAUCGACCCCCUGGUCUAUCACAACACUUACCCCCGUGAGUGGGCGGCCCUUCACCACUGGAUUGGAAAGAGUGUUCCUAGCUUCAAGGAUGCUAUUCUCUUCCACCGUUCAUGCGCCAUGGCGGCCAAUCGCUACAUGAACCUCUACUGGGCCGGUGACCAGGACACCAACUGGGGCGUCAAUGAUGGCAUUAAGUCCUCCAUCACCGUCAUGGGUCACAUGGGUCUCUCUGGCUACGCCCAUGGUCACACUGAGAUCGGUGGAUAUACCACUACCUGGGAUAGCAACGGCGUCGUCAACCGGUCCGCCGAGCUGCUUGGUCGCUGGGGAGAACUCUCCGCCGUUGCCAGCACUGUCUUCCGUACCCACGAGGGUAACGUCCCCCAGGUCAACGCUCAAUUCUAUACCAACUCCACGACCUACUCCUGGUUCAGCUACAACGCGCGCAUGUUUGCCAGCCUUGCCGCUUACCGUCGCCGCAUCUUGGAUACCGAGAGCAAGAAGCUCGGCUGGCCCUUGCUCCGCAUGCCCGUCAUCUACCACCCCAACGAUGUUAAGGCCAAGGCUAUCAGCUACGAGAGCUUUUACCUCGGUGCCGAUCUGUACGUCGCACCGGUCCUGGACCCCGGUCACACAAGCGUCAAGGUAUACUUCCCCGGCAAGAACGAGACCUUCACCCACGUCUGGUCUGGCAAGAAGUACCAAGGUGGCCAGACCGCACGGGUCUCCGCACCUUACGGAAAGCCUGCUGUCUUCCUCGUCAAUGAGACCAAGAACCCUGACUUGGAAGGGUUCCUGCAGUUCGUCCGCAAGGAGAACAGCACAGUCAUUUACCGUUAA